AGUUUCGUAAACAAGAGAGGAAAAUUUCUGUUUGCUACGUAAAAAAGUGUGGACACAAGGCCCUCGCAUGGCCUCUACAACAGUGCUUCCAUCGAGGUUUGGAUAAGAAUGGCGUAGCAUUGUGUUGAAUCACGCAAAUUGCCCGCCUGCCGACGUCAAAGACCACAAUUAGCGAAGAUGGCUUGUUGGGCUUUCCUCGUUCUCUCUUGCCUGAUCCUGCCCGUUCUCACCACAGACCCUGCCGUCUUAAUAGUCUCCUUUGAUGGCUUCCGGCACGACUAUUUCGACCGAAUUUCCUCGCCGAACUUUGACCGACUGAAGAAAAUUGGGUCGCACGGUGACCUGAUGAACGUUUUCGAGACAAAAACUUUUCCAAACCACCAAUCGCUGGCAACGGGUCUUUACCCUGAGAGCCACGGCGUGCUUGCCAACCACGUGUUCGAUCCUCAGUACAACAGAACAGUCAAUUACAGCGCAGAAUUGUGGCACUACAACGACCAAAUCAUGCCCAUUUGGACUCUCAACGAAAUUUCCAGUAAGGAGCGGAAUAGUGGUGUCAUGAUGUGGCCAGGAAGCGAGUUCAGUUACCACAGAGGAGUUGUGCCUACUUUCAUUCAUAAGUGGGACUCCAAGUGGAGCUUCCAGCGUCGAGUCGAUGUGGUCAUGUCGUGGUUGACGCAGCAGCACAGCUCUGCCAAUCUAGUCAUGCUGUACAUGGAGGAGCCUGACACCCACGCUCACGCGUUUGGCUCAGAGUCUGACGAGGUCACAGAGCAAAUAAAGAACGUUGAUAGCUACAUUGGCUAUCUGGCUGAUCAGCUCGAGAGAUACAACCUGACUGAGAGCGUGGACACCUUCAUUGUCAGUGACCACGGCAUGACCGAGACAGAUGAGCACCGCAUAAUUGAUCUCAACAAAAUUGUAGACUCGUCUCUCUAUCUCAGGGUUGGCACGUCACCUGUCAUCCACGUUUACCCCAACCCUGGUGAGCUACCAAAUCUGCUAAGACAACUGGAGUGGGCCUCUCAGCAGUACCGCACUUUCGACGUGUUCACCAAAGACAACCUGCCAGAACAUUGGAAGGUUGCCAAUUGCCGCCGCGCUCCACCCAUCCUGCUGGUGGCCAAGGAGGGCUACGCCUUUGACGACCUACGCCAGGCCAUCGUCGAGUACGCCAAGAAAUACAACUUCACGCCCUCCAGCAGCCACAGGUAUGGCCUGCAUGGCUACGACAACCUGGAACGCAAAAUGCAGCCCUUCUUCCUGGCGUUUGGGCCCAGCAUCCGAGAGGACUACCAAGCGCCGCAGUUGCAUUCCAUCGACCUGUUCUCCUUGUGGAGCCACAUGCUCAGGCUGCCAGCGCACGCCACUAACGGCACCCUGAGUGCGGACACUUUGUCCCUCCUCAGGGCGCACCACAUCACGCCUAGCCUCUCCUCUCUUCUCAUCACAUUCACAUGCGUGUCUCUCGCCGUGCUAAUUAUCGGAGGUACUGGUAUCGUUGCCACUCGGCGGCUGAUUAAUAAACGCCAUUCAGAUGAGUGCACGCAACCUUACAGAGGCAUGCAGUCUCUCGAGGUGGAGGAAAACGAGGAAAUCAUGGUGGAGAUAGUCAACGGGAACGUCGAGGAGCAGCACCUUCUCAGCGGCGACUCGUCCUAAUCAAACUGCUUACAGUUAGUCAAUAACGAAAUUUUCACAUGCUGUGGUAUUUUUUUCCAGACUUUUACUUUGUAAUAUUGUGUGGAAAUUGAGUGUCUAUAUACUUAAACACUGAUAUUAACUUUAACUAAACAAAUGACCACUUAGAGAGACAUAUUUCACUGCUCCUUCUCUAUGGAAACUUGUCAAAGUAUGUGUUGCAAAAUACGCAAAAACAAAUACUUAAUUGACUGUGCUGUAAACUUUUAUUUUCAUCUCAAAACUAUAUAAGACUUUUGAAACUAUGAAUGUCAAAUCUUGCAAAACGCUGCUGAUGGCAUUGAAUAAUAAAAGUGCAAAAUUUUGCUAGCAAAAGGUA